UUGACACUGAAUAUUCGUCCUUGAAAACAAGGGCAGGAGCUAGACGCAGUCAGUGCACGGACAGAACACUUUUGACAGGUUGACUGAAUCGCUCGGCUGAGGUCAAUCGAAAAGCAUGGCAUCAGCUCCUAAGACCGACCAGGAUAAGAGAAAACAAAUUAGUAUUCGGGGGAUUGCGCCAGUAGAAAAUGUAUCAAACGUGAAGUCCACUUUCAACCGGCAUCUUCACUACACCCUUGUGAAGGAUCGAAAUGUUGCGACCCCCAGAGAUUAUUAUUUUGCUCUAGCGCACACAGUGCGUGACCACCUUGUAGGAAGAUGGAUUAGAACCCAACAGUAUUAUUAUGAAAUGGACCCAAAGCGUGUGUACUACCUCUCCCUGGAGUUCUACAUGGGGCGCACCCUCUCCAACACCAUGGUCAACCUAGGCAUGCAGAGUUCCUGCGAUGAGGCCAUGUACCAGCUUGGCCUUGACAUUGAGGAGCUUGAGGAGAUUGAAGAGGAUGCUGGUCUGGGAAAUGGCGGCCUCGGUCGUCUGGCUGCUUGUUUCCUGGACUCGAUGGCCACCCUAGGACUUGCUGCCUAUGGCUAUGGUAUCCGCUAUGACUACGGCAUCUUCACACAGAAGAUAAAUGAUGGGUGGCAGUUGGAGGAGCCUGAUGAUUGGCUACGCUAUGGCAACCCAUGGGAGAAAGCUCGCCCCGAGUACAUGCUGCCUGUGAACUUCUACGGUCGGGCUGAGGGUAGUUUGGCAGAUGGCAAGUGGGUAGAUUCACAGGUCGUGUUCGCCAUGCCCUAUGACAGCCCUAUCCCUGGAUACGGAAACAACACAGUCAACACACUCAGGCUAUGGUCGGCAAAGGCACCCAACAGCUUCGAUCUCAGAUUUUUCAACAAUGGCGCUUACAUUGAUGCUGUCUGUGACCGAAAUCUGGCUGAGAAUAUUUCUCGUGUUCUGUACCCCAAUGACAAUGUGUUUGAGGGCAAGGAGCUGCGUCUGAAGCAAGAGUACUUCCUCGUCGCUGCCACUCUACAGGACAUUGUACGCAGGUUCAAGUCUUCUAGGUUUGGUUGUAGAGACCCAGUCAGGACUUCCUUCGACACAUUUCCAGACAAGGUGGCUAUCCAACUGAACGACACUCAUCCAUCUAUGGCGAUCCCAGAACUCAUGAGAAUACUGGUUGACAUUGAGAGAGUUCCCUGGGAGAAGGCGUGGGAGAUCACUGUAAGAGCAUGUGCCUACACCAACCACACUGUGCUGCCCGAGGCCCUGGAGCGCUGGCCGACCUCUCUCCUCAGUAACGUCCUGCCCAGACACCUGCAGAUCAUGUAUGAGAUCAACCAUCGUUUCCUGCAGGAGGUGAAAAAGAAGUGGCCGGGUGACGAAGAUCGUGUCCGUCGCAUGUCCAUGGUAGAGGAGCACGGAGAACAGAAGAUCAACAUGGCCCAUCUGGCCAUUGUGGGGUCUCAUGCUGUCAACGGGGUGGCUGCUAUACACUCUGAGAUCAUCAAGAGAGAAACCUUCAAGGAUUUCUAUGAGAUGUUCCCAGAAAGAUUCCAGAACAAGACAAAUGGUAUCACACCCCGACGCUGGUUGCUGCUGUGUAACCCCGGCCUGUCGGAUGCUAUUGCUGACAAAAUCGGCGAGGGCUGGGUUUCUAACCUGAAUGAACUGCGUCAGCUGGAGCCGCUUGUGGACGACGAGAGCUUCCUGAGAGGAAUCAUGAGGGUCAAGCAGGAAAAUAAGAUCCGCCUGGCCGCCUACAUCAAGCAGGAGUACAACAUCGAGGUGAACCCGGCCUCCAUAUUUGACAUGCAAGUGAAGAGAAUCCACGAGUACAAGCGCCAGCUGCUCAACUGUCUCCACGUCAUCACCAUCUACAACCGCCUCAAGAAGAACCCCAGCAUGGAGUUUGUGCCCCGGACGGUCAUGGUUGGAGGAAAGGCUGCUCCGGGCUAUCAUAUGGCAAAGCUCAUCAUCAAGCUCAUCAACAAUGUUGGGAGAGUUAUCAACAAUGACCCCAUCGUUGGCGACCGCCUGAAGGUGGUGUACCUCGAGAACUACCGCGUGUCCCUGGCCGAGAAGAUCAUCCCAGCCGCCGACCUCAGUGAGCAGAUCUCCCUGGCAGGCACCGAGGCGUCGGGCACAGGAAACAUGAAGUUCCAGCUGAACGGUGCACUCACUAUUGGUACCCUUGAUGGAGCUAAUGUAGAGAUGAGGGAAGAGAUGGGCGCGGACAACAUCUUCAUCUUCGGCAUGACAGUGGAUGAUGUGGAGGAGCUGAACAAGAGAGGGUACAAUGCCAGAUCCUACUACGAGAGUAACCCAGAGCUGAAGCAGGUUCUGGAUCAGAUCAACAAUGGAUACUUCUCCCCAGAAAACCCAGAUCUCUUUAAAGACGUCUUCAACAACCUAGUCAACGAUGAUAGGUUCCGUCUGUUGGCUGAUUAUGAUGCAUAUAUAAAAUGUCAAGAUGAGGUUAACGACCUCUUCAAGAAUCCACUGGCAUGGGCAAAGAAGGCAUUAUUGAACAUCGCGGCCUCUGGAAAAUUCUCCAGUGACCGCACAAUUUCUGAAUAUGCUCGUGAAAUCUGGGGCGUGGAGCCAACCGAUGUCAAGCUGCCAGCUCCCCACCAAGCCAAGGACGGGUCAGACAGCGGAAUCCCAUCAGUUUAAGAACAGGCAUUGAAUUAGGAACACCAAGGUUCAGUGGGCCGAACAUAUGAUCGAGACAGUGACAGUACGAUCUCCACUAGGAGACAAGCAGAUCUGUCUGUUCCAUGAAAUCCCAAAGAUCUGAAUAUUCUUGAAAACAGCUUUCAGUUAGAACUGUGAGUGAUUAAUGCUUGUUUCUUUACUCAUGCUGCUAAAACUUCUCUUCACACAAUAAUCUUGCUGUUAUAAGUAUCAGUGAGUUUGCAAUAUUACAAUGGUAUUUGUUUAUAUUGAUGUUUAUAUCUUGUUAACAACAGUAGAAUUAUUUAGAUAUUCUUGUUAUGGAUUCAGAGAAAUAAGGAUGACAUUUCUAUCAUGGAACUCCUGAAGGUGAACUGCAUACAUAUUCUAUUCAAAUAGCAUAGUCUAAUUUCUAGUAUUUAUUCCUUCAGCAUUUCUUUUUAAACCAACAUUACGGCUUUGCUUGUAGUUGAGAUCGCGUUAUUUCAGUGUAGAUGAAAGCUAUGCAGAUUAGGGUCACGCAGUGUAAAAAAAACUAAUUGUCUGUUAGAAAGAAAAUUUCUUAGGUAGGUUGUAAAAAAAUGAUUGAAUUUAUGACUUGAAAAUACUGACUUGCCGUUAACAUUUGCUCAAUAUGUGCUGCGUCACAAGCACCCCAGUACUGAUUCGCGUCCUGAGUCUCGUAGUCCUUCCGUCUUCUCACUCCUGCAUCGUCACAGCUUCUGUAAAUGGUUCAUUUGAGAUUAACAGUUUGAAGCAGUGGAGUUUGUUGGUUUGACGAGUAUUCCAAAGUGUUAUGGGAUUGCGGUUACAGGGGCUAGCAUCUCAUAGGACAUAGCUUCUGAUGAAUGAUAUACCUGCUUGUGAUAGUGCUAGGAAGUAAAUCUUUCAUCUUAUCUUCCAACCUGUUAUUUACCCAAAGUUGUUUGUUUUCCUGUUGCCAUGGUUACAGAACCAUUGUUGUUGAAGUCAUGACAUCUUGACAGUGCUGACUAUUGGACAAAGUACUUACAAUGGCUUGUGUUGAUUGAUGAACAAGAGUCCGAUGAAACAUCUGUGUCUUGGUUGAAGAUUGCACGACGAUUCAAUCUCAUUCAAAUAAGAUCUGAGUUCUCACUGCCGCUAAACAAAGAUCUGAGGACAUCCCAUAACGGGUCACGUUAGAACCAUCUUUCGCAUACUUUGACCGACCACUGAAACGAAUAACAAGAAGUCGAUAUCAGACUUGAGAAAGCAGCUUUCUCGAGCCUUACGGCACUCGUUUCAACCUGGCAACUUCCAUUUCACACUACACUUGAGAAAUUCGUUGACACAGUUCUCAAUGAAAAUUUUGAAAACUGAACAAACAAAUUUUCCAGAAUGUCUAAUAUAUGGUUGCAAUUGUAUGGCAGUACUUCCCACGUACUGUGCAACGCCUCCUCUGUUCAAAUGUUUAUCCUAGGGAAGCAAGAGACAGACGAUAAUUUAGAUGGAAUCAGUCCUACUGACCGUUUCUGUCGUUCGGAAUAUCCCGUUUUAACAUUUUUGAGGUUGCACGAUUAGAAACCACAUUCCAACUGUCACUUUCAUCAUCUGGUAAGCGACGCUUUGAUUGGUCAGAUGAAAGGUCGUUCUGACAUGACCCGUAAUGGGAUGUCCUCAGAUCUUUGUUUAGCGAUAGCGGGAACUAAGAUCUAAUUUUAAUGAGAUUGUACGAUGAUAUGACAUUACUUGGUACAUCAUCAGAGGUCAAGGUCAACUGUGAUUACUUGGGAACUUCCCAUUCAUCAUGCAUGUAAGUGGUGGUUUUAUCUCGUUAACCUGUUGCACAAAACUUGUAUAUAAAUAAGUCAUGAAUGGCUGUUUUUGUAACUGUUCAAAUCUGUUUUCAUUUUGACAGUUGGUUCAGCAUGUCAAUACCACAGAAGGAAAUGGUCAGAUUAGCAACUGUAACAUUGUCAACACUUCCAAACUUAAUGUUACAAUGAAGUUGUUAUGCACACAAAUUCCAAAUCCACCACUUUGUCUAAUAUGGAGGUGUUUACUCUUUUCCGAUGUACAUGUUUGUUGUUUUUCCCAGUGAUGUUACUUUUUGUUUUCUUGUUUUAUUUUCCAGCAACUCUCUAUUGUGUUCUAUAAUGGUGUUACCAUGUGUAUUGACCCCUCUCAUGUGUGCUACUUACAAGCGUAUUGGAGCUAAUAUUGCAUGCAUUUUCUACUGGCAUUGCAUAUGACGCAUCUGUAGCUAGGGCAAAGUGGAUGUCCAGUUCCGAUGCUUGCAGGGAUGUUGACUUAGAAAUUCAUGUUGUCAAAGAACAAAAUGUCAUUAAUAAAAAAAAUAUUCAUAUCUCAAA